GUGUGGGGGAACUCACCAUCACGUAAAGGACCUGGUAGUCAGAGUCCCUUCAUUCCUGUAACGAUUAAGGGGAGGCGUGUGAUGCUGUUUACACACCCCCGGAAUUUCAAGGGUAGAUGGAACCGUGACCGACUCCACCUAUGGCUAACGGACAACAACCGCAUAUUUGAUAUUGGUCAGAUUUCCAUUCGUGAUGAGAACGCCGCCUACAGUUCACUGCUCUACAAGGAUGGCAAGUUGUAUUGUUUGCACGAAACCAAUCUUCAGGAGAAUUACAGUCUUGUUUUUCUGGAGCUAAAAGAAGAACUAAACUUGAUCAAGUCAGUG